AUGGAUUCAACUGAAUUGGUUUUAUACCUAAUCUUAUUGUUAUUUGGAAUCUGUUAUUCGGGACAACAUGGUCAUGUUGAUAUUGAGAACAAUGAAUUUGCAGAAUUUGAAGAUGUCGAUGAAGGCGUUGUUGAAGAUGAUCUUGAGGAAUUAGUUGGUACUUCAACAACACCAAAGGCAACUAGAUCUUCUACAGUCCUAGAAGACGAUGAUGAUGAAUUUAUCCAAGAUGAUGAUGAGUUUGAAAGGAUUGAAAAGACUACUCACAGUUCAAAAGAAACUAAAACACGACAACCAUUGAAGUUUGCUGAUGUUCCCGCUCAUUUCCGUUCAAAUUGGUCGUCGUAUCAAGUGGAAGCUCUUUUCUUGUUGUUAGUUGGACUUUAUAUGAUUAAUUAUGUGGCUGGGCGUAGGCGCAAUCAAAGUAUAGCGUAUAGUUGGUUUGCUGAUGUUAGUGGUAUCUUACAAGAACAAUUUACAAUAGUUGGUGAUGACGGGACCUCAGAAGUCCCUUCUGAAGGUCAUCUUCUAAAGGAAACGGAUUCGAGUUAUUCUAUUUGGUGUUCUGGCCGACUUGGAUGCCAGAGCAUGUUGAUUCAGAUGAAGUUAAAGAAGAGGCAGGACCUUAUUAGCAUUUUUAUGGGAGUUAUUCGGCCGACAUCAGACAAGGUAAUAAUCCGAAUUGAUCUAGACCACAAUGAGAUGGACUCCUACGUUUUUGCGUUUGGACAGCGCAAAGCCGUCACAAAAGCUGUGAAGGAAAUGCUUGACUUGAGCUUGUUUACCGUUGAACGGAGAGGACAAGAUCGUUUCGUACUGCCAUCUUCUAUGGCACUGUACGCUGAGCUUCCUGAAGCCGCUGCAACAAUCAUAGACCCUACUGUUCAACAAGUCUUAUCCAAAUAUGGGACUUCGUUAGAUUACUGCCAUAUAUCAGAUCAGUACUCAGGAUUGAAACCCGCUGAGGGAGAGACGUACACGCGUAUGCCUGAUACCAUAAGAGCUAUAAUAUUCGUUCUGAAUAUGAGUGAAGAUAAGAAUGAAACGAAGACUUUGAUGAAAACUAUUUUCCACUGCCUUGAGAAAGUUCGUAAGUACCGGUUGUCAAGAGAGGGAAAAGCUAAGGCAGACAAGAAACGUCAGAACGUUCAUGAAGUGUUCAUGAAAACUACCCAUCAAGCAAGGCAAGAAGCCGCUCAAGCGAGAAAAGAAGAGAAAACUAGGGAAAGGAAGCAGCGGCUUCUUGAAGAAGAAGACCCGGAGAAACAAAGAAAACUGGAGAAAGCAGAACUAAAGCGAGAGUCAAGACUUCGUCAGCCAAAAAUGAAACAACUUAAGAUGAAAUAA